GUCUCGUACUACCCAUAAAGUCAGAUCUCGCGCCGAUCAACACGGAUAAAUCUGAAUCUGGACACCUCCCGAUGAAGGAGCUGCAGAUGGGGGCAAUCACGGAUUACGCCCUGCAUGCAGAGAGGAGCAGCCAAGUGCAAUCGCCCUUUAGCCCCCAAAUCCUACUCCUGCCUCUUAAAGCGACGGCAACCAUCGCUGUCGCGAGUAUACCAUCGGCUAUUUCGUUCUCUUUUUCUUUGACCUCAGCGACGCGCAAAGAUGAGGGCCGCGUGUGCCAUAUCGAUCGGAGUUCUCGCUACAGGCGUUGCAGCGCAGAUUGGCAGCAGCGUUUUUGAGCCGCAGAACUUCAACAUCAGUGCGGCUCUCAAAACUUUCGGCGUUGACGUUUCAACUCUGCCAGAGCCAGCAGACACACUUCAUUCACGGUCCUCGGAUGCACAAUGCUCACAUGCUUGUGCCGCCUUAACCAUAUUGUUCGGCAGUGACAAAGUCUUGGCUGAAGGGGCAACCGCAUAUAGCAAUUUCACGGGGGGAUACUGGUCUGCUCAACAAGGCUCAUUACGACCUUCCUGUGUCUUCAAGCCUACAAAAACUCUGGACCUCUCAAUAUUGGUACUCGCAGCUAGACUGUACCAAUGCCCUUUUGCCGUAAAAGGUGGCGGUCAUGCGGCAUGGGCUGGUGCGUCCAGCAUUGAAGACGGAAUCACGGUCUCGAUGGAAAACUUCAAGCAAGCUGUUGUUGCUUCGGACAAACAAACAGUUGACGUUGGCCCUGGACUUCGAUGGAUUGAUGUUUACAAAGCUGUCGAGAAAGAUGGUCUUAGUGUCGCGGGUGGACGUAUGGCUCCUGUAGGCGUGCCUGGGCUUAUCCUUGGAGGGGGCAUAUCCCACUUCGCGAGCAAGCGCGGCUGGGCGUGUGAUAACGUAGCCAGCUUUGAACUGGUUACAGCAUCCGGCUUCGCCAUCAACGUUAGCGCAGCGUCUUACUCCGAUCUAUAUUGGGCACUGCGAGGAGGAGGCAACAAUUUUGGAAUCGUGACGAACUUCAAGCUUGACGCCUUCCCUCUUGGCCAGAUGUGGGGAGGCCAGAGAGUGUACCUUGAGGAUGCAACCCCAGCCGUGCUGGAUGCGAUUUAUGAGUUCACCGUGACUGGAUCCGCCAAGGACGAAGAUGCCGCACAAAUUGUCACUUUCGCCAGCGCGCCUGGGAUCGGCAAAGUUUCUUUCGCCAAUCUGCACUACGCCAAACCGAUUGCUAACGCUUCUGUUUUCUCCAAUUGGAGUAACAUCACCGCCAUCGAUGAUACCACCGGCCUCCGACCAAUGUCCGGGAUGGCCGACCUCUUGAACCAGGGAGCGCCUGCGCCUGGGGCGUACCAAACGUGGUGGGGUAUCAGUUUGAAGAUGGACAGACCACUUCUCCAAUUCAUUGUUGAUACAUUUUACGCGCAGGAAGCAACUGUCGCGGAUGUCGAGAAAAUUUUGCUCAUCAUGGCUGUUCAGCCCAUUACCAAGAGCGCAGCCAAAGCCAUGCAAAAGAACGGUGGAAAUGCUUUAGGCAUUGAUCCAGAAAACGGCCCGUACUUUGUACUCAACUUCAAUGCGGCUUGGAACAACCAAGAAGACGAAGCCAAGUUCCACACGGUGAUUGCCAACAUCAUCAAACUUGUGAAGGCAGAAGCGAAGAGGAGGAACCUCGACAACGACUUCGUGUAUCUCAACUACGCGUCCGAAUAUCAAGACCCCAUUGGUAGCUAUGGAGUGAAGAACAAGCAACGGUUGAUGGAGGUAUCGAAGAGAUACGAUCCGAAACAGGUCUUUCAGUACCUCCAGCCUGGCGGGUUCAAGCUAGUGAAGGGCGCACCGAAUGCAAACACCCCCAAUAUAUCAUUGGCGAGGGGUGAAGAGCUCUGACGUGUUUCUAGACGAAUGCGUGAACUCCUGAUUGUCCUGAGUGGUAGCAAUUAGGGAAAGUGAAAGGAUAAAAUUAGCUGCAUAUGCGGGCGAAAACGUCGCAAACGCCAACCAAUGCACUACAACUCUAGUUUCUUGCUCGAUGUAUCACCGAGCUCUCGCUGUAUGACUGUCGUCGUAGUGCUUCACCAUGCUGGGGUGCCAAUCGUGCAUACUCAUGAGCGAGUUCUCAGUGUGGC